AUGAGGUCAAUUGAGGAUAAGGGUUGUUUGAAUCAUGUGUCAAUUCAGGAGACUUCUGGUGGUGGUGCGAACCGUGGCUGUUCGCAGCACCACCACCGGACGGCUCUCGGCAAACCGACACCGUCGAAAUGGGACGAUGCCCAGAAAUGGUUAGUCAAGUUAUCUAGAGGUGGAGAAAAGACCCACUGGAAUACCGAGCCACGAAACUCGAAUGCGGACGAUAGGAGAUUGAUAGCAUCGGCUUCUCAGAAAGAACACCCGAGUAGCGAAGAGGAUUGUCGGGAUGGAAGUAUGGUGAAUUAUGGCGGAAUCGAAACGAAGAAAGUGGAUUGUGACGAUUCGGCGUGGAGAUCUAGUGAUCAUUCUGGUUCGAUUGUUAGAUCGAUUUGCGUUAGGGAUAUGGGAACCGAAAUGACCCCAAUGGCUAGCCAUGAGCCAUCAAGAACGGCUACACCGGUUAGAGCCACAACCCCUGCUGCACGUAGUCCUAUUGCCUCCGGUUCCUCAACUCCGGUUAGACCGUGCCCGAAUGGUGGACACACCGUUGAUGCUGGUGGAACCACGAGAUUCGGUCGAGAACGGGUGGAACUUAAUGGUGAAAACGUGCCGGAAAACAAAACGUUAGAUCAAGAUGUUAAGUUAAACCCGCUUGAAACCCGAGCGGUGGCUUGGGAUGAUGCGGAACGCGCAAAAUACAUGGCAAGGUACAAGCGUGAAGAAGUGAAGAUACAAGCAUGGGAGAAUCACGAAAAGAGGAAAGCCGAAAUGGAAAUGAAAAGAAUGGAGGUGAAGGCGGAAAGAUUGAAAUCUCGAGCACAAGAGAAGUAUACGAACAAACUUGCGUCGACUCGGAGGAUAGCGGAAGAAAAACGAGCGAAAGCCGAGGUGAAUUUGAAUGAACAGGCUGGGAAAACGUCUGAACGAGCAGAUUACAUAAGAAGAACAGGGCAUUUGCCUUCUUCUUUCUCCAUUAAGCUGCCUUCUUGUUGCUGGUAGCACUACCAUUUUCCAUUAAGUCCUGUACGGAUAAAACGUUAUGUAUUAGUAAUUCAGUAUUUGUAGUUGUAACAAUUACUUCGUUAUAGUUGUAACCAAUUUGUAGUUUCCUUUAUAAUUCGAUAUUUCUGAACUACUUUUUGCUU